GUCAAAAAUUGUCAAAUUAAAUUGCUAAUAUGGCUGAUGCAGCGCUAGCACGUCGCGAAGCACGUAGGAGAAAAAUAUUAGAAAAUUCUCAAAAUAGACUUCAACGUAUAUCAGGAAAAGCCAACGAUGAUAGCUGUAGAGAAUCACCUGUUCAUACUUCAACGCCAGAUUAUCAGGAUAUAAAUCCCUCAGAGUGCAGCAGUAAAGCUUCAUUAUGUAACGGAGUAAUAAGUUCUUCUAUACAAACUGAAGAAUGCUUGGUCACAACUACAGAAGAAAUUCCAACAAUUCAAGAAGAGGUAAUCAAUGACUUGGCAUCUUUAUUGCCACCUAAAUUUCCAACUGCAAACACAGAUUCUCUAUCAAAAUCGUCAUUGAUAGAUAAUCUCGUUUCUUAUAAGUAUGACAUAGUGCUUCUGUCUUUGUUUAUUCAGAUUCUUUACUACUUUUCGUUGUUAACAAUUGAAAGUACUUAUUUCUUUCUGCCCCUUGUUACCUACGCUGGCACGAAGAUAUAUUGGUUUCCAAAACCAGCUAAUACAAAUUUUGAAAAUGUAUUAAUGCUUCUUAAAGGACUUUCAACACAAAGAGUUCAAAAAUUAUUGAGUAUAACACAAAUUGUUAGUGCAGUUGGCCUUGAUGCAUGCAUUUUUGUCUUCACUACAAUUUGUGUGCAAACUUUAUGUAUUUUUUUGAAGCAAUACUUUAUUACAUAGAACAUGGUUUUGUUUUUACAUACACAAAGAAAAUUGACUGUUUUGACUGAGCAGUUUAUUGGUCUAGUAAGCUAGGGUUUUGGGAAUGUAUGUUUUUAUGCUUGUGCCUUUAAUGUAAGUGAUAUAAUGUGACAUGUGUGCGUUUUAGUCACAUAUUGCCAUCUUAGUUUAAAUUUUUGUAAGUUUGUACAUAAUAUACAAAACAAAUAAAAUUAUUUGUAAUAUAUAAAAUAGUCAAAUUACUGCCUUGUCUUCAUCCUACAAAGACAAUCUCCACAAUGCAAAUUAAUAAAGGAAUCUAAUAUUUUUCUAUAUGUAGAUAUCCACAACGACAUUUGGUUGUGUGUGUACAAGUUUUC